UCUAGUAGAGGGAUGGAAGAAGGGAAGAAUUAUGCUAGAAGAAUUGAAAAGAAUGUUUCUGGGACAAUACCUUUGCAGUCUACGUGAAAGGUACCAACACUCACACAAGGAACCCCGAGUCAAAACUAAUCGUAGCCCUCAUAUUGGUGAUAUAGUCCAAAUUAAGGGAGACUCGAAAAACAGGGAGAACUGGAAGGUAGGAAAAAUCAUCAGUUUGGAACGAGGAGCCGAUGGAGAAUGCAGAGUUGCAAAGGUCAAUGUUGAAGGAAAGGAAUUUAUAAGAUCAAUAGGUCACUUAUAUCCAUUAGAGGUGGAAGAGGCUAGACUAGAAGAUUCAGGAACAGAAGAAAGAAUUCAAGUAAAUCCAGAUGUACUGGAGGCAGAGGAAUCUUCACUACAGGGAAGCACAGAGAUAUCUGAAAUAGAAUCCAGAUAUCCUGAAAGGGAAUCAACAGAACAGAUGACACUAGAAACUGCAGUGGAGGAUGAUGUUAGAUUUGAGACCAAUGGUUUAGGCAAAAUACUCACUCCCGAAGAACUGAUCCAGGAAAAUGGUAUUGGAGAGCAGGGUAAAGUGGUGUCUGAAGGUGAUGAAGACGUAGAGAGAGUAGAAACUGUGUCAGAUGUCAAUGAAGGAAGAAGUAGAAGAGCAGCGGCGGUCCGGGCGAGAGAAAAGAUUGCCCAAUGGACGAGCCAGCUGAUAGCCCUGCUAUAGAAACUCACGGCCGUUGGGGAGUGUCGCGACGAACGCGAGCCUCAACAAAAUAGCAGUAGGAGGUAGAAGAGACUUUUCCCCGAUGGAACAAUGUUCGUAGGGGGAAUCAGUUGGACAGAAUAAAAGAAAGACCUGCGGGUGUAAAUCGGUGAGUGUUAGAAAUAUAGUUUCAUCAUUAUUUAGAUGAGAGAGAUGAAGGGAUUACUAAGAACGAGAAUUAGAAUAGAAGCAGCCAAGAAUAAGUCAAAUGGUUGUGAGUGGACAGGGUCGGGCUAUAAGGGGAGUUGUGGAGGCCCGCGGCGGAGAAAGAA